AUGCCCAGCAAGAAGCCCAAGAGUGGUCGUCUUCGUGGUCGCCCUCCCAAGGAUACGGCUAACCCAGUUAAUAAGGGUAAACGGACCGUCAGUUUUAAUAUGCAAGGUCUCGAGGAUAACGAUAACGAGCCGGAUAUUGCUAUACACAGGGUAGCAGCGUGCCCACACCCAAUGUUCAAUAUCCUCCCACUUCUAGAUAUCCUGCUCCUAGAUACCCGCCUCCUGGAUACCUCCCUACUCCUAGAUAUCCUCCUUAUAGAUAUCCUCCUAGAUACCCGGUUAUCUCCCAGGUAUUUUCGCCUCGUCCUUUUACACCCCGGUACCAACACCGGCUCGGAAUUUAACACCCGCCCAACAUUUCUCGCCUACCCCACCUCAUAG